AUGGAGAAAACCAAUGUAUCACCCAAAACCAGUCCCAGUACUUCCACUCCAUCUGUCAGGACUACCAACGAUGGUAGAAUCAAUAAGGAGUUAGACCAGGCAUAUUGGUUCAUCGAGAAGUCUAAAGAUGCAGCGAGUCAGAGCGCGACCGUCGACCUCACACAUGUGUAUCGCAAGGUCGAUUGGCGUAUCGUGCCAGUGAUGUUUUUGGUCCUUUGGGGAAUCGCAACAGCUUGCACCGCCGCGGCGACUGACUAUUCUUCCCUGCUAGCAGCCAGAAUCGUUCUGGCAAUAUUCGAGGCCUCUUUGAUUCCGACGCAAGUCACAAUUCUAAGUCAAUGGUACAGCAAGUCCGAUCAAGCGCUGCGUACGGCCUUCUGGUGGUGCAGUGUCGGAGCAGGCCAGAUCAUCGGCGGUUUCCUCUCGUGGGCUUUUCAACAAGCUGAUAAUGCCACGUUCGCAUCUUGGCGGAUAAUGUUCUUGGUUGUAGGCGUUGUCACCAUCUUCAUUGGAAUUGCAGCGUAUUGGGCAAUGCCGGACUCUCCAAUGACGGCAAAAUUUUUAAGCACCGAUGAGAAAGUUGCAUUGCUUGAGCACGUGUCUGUUAAUCAGACUGGGGUUAGGAACAAGUAUUUCAAAGUGACGCAUCUGCUAGAAAUAUUCACGGACGUGCAGAUUUGGCUCUUCGUGGUCAUCACAAUAUUGGCCGCCCUACCCACUGGAGUAGUAACACUAUACUCGGCCACUCUUCUGGCGAAUGCUGGCUUCGCCCCAGAUAUUUCAGCCUUAUUGCUGAUACCUCAAGGAAUAGCCGGGAUCACAGCUGCCAUCAUGUGUGGCUAUGCCGUCCAGUACGCCUCACACAGGUGGGCAUGGCUCGUGUUCCUAUCUAUGCUCGGCAUCCUUGGCUCAGCGCUCAUGUCAUUCCUCCCCACAAGCAAUCACGCCGGCUUGCUGGCGGGCAUAUAUAUUACCAGUGCUGUCACUCCGGCACUAUUUCUUCUUUUCCAAUGGACCGCCUCAAAUGUCGCUGGGUCGACGAAGCGCUCUAUAGCCUUACCUCUGAUAGCGGGAAGCUUCAGUGCAGGCAGCGUGAUAGCUCCGCAGACUUUUCAGGCUAAAGAUGCUCCAGAUUACCUGCCGGCAAAGAUUACGACGAUGGCGUCACAGGUCGCUGGUGCCUUGCUGACUUUUCUCCUGUUUUGCUAUUAUGUCUGGAUGAAUAGACGAAGGGAUCGGCAUGCUGCUUUAGAAAGUCGGGCUGUUGAACACAAAGAGCAGGACCUCUGGGAGGAUCUUACCGACUCGAAGAAUCCUAAUUUUAGAUAUGUCUACUAG